AGCUACAGGUGAAUGUGUUGCAGUAGCUUUGGUGCAGUGUGUAGUUACUAAUACCAUAAUGGAGCUUCUCAAAUGUCUGUUUGGUGUGGUUUUGGUGGUGGUCGCUGUUUUGGUUUGUGAUGUUACUGCCCAGCAGCACUGGUCGCUGCCUCUGCAGAAACGGCAGCCUCCUCUUCCUCCUCAGCAGCAGUCCAAGGUCCCUCAACCUGCAGCUCCCUUUGAUAAGUGCCAGGUGGAGCAAGGUUACAAGAUCCAUUGUGGGACUGCAGACAUCAACGCCGAGCAGUGUGAGAACAUUAACUGCUGCUUUGACGGGCGGCAGUGCUACUAUGGCAAAGCAGUGACUGUGCAGUGUACCAGGGAUGGCCAGUUUGUGGUGGUUGUGGCUCGAGAUGCCACUCUGCCCCCCAUAGAUGUGGAGUCAGUCAGCCUGUUGGAGACCAACGACCCCUCCUGCACCCCUGUGGAUGCCACCUCUGCUUUUGCCAUCUUUCAGUUCCCUGCGACUGCAUGUGGUACUACAAUCAAGGAGGAAGAGGGCUAUGUGGUGUACGAGAACCACAUGUCUUCCUCAUAUGAAGUGGGACUUGGACCCAGAGGAUCGAUCACCAGGGACAGCCAUUUUGAGCUAUUGUUUCAGUGUAGGUAUUCUAGCACGGCAGUGGAGGCUCUCAUCAUGGAGGUGAAUGCUGUUCCUCCACCUGUGCCGGUCGCUGCUGCCGGACCCCUCAGAUUGGAGCUCAGACUGGGCAACGGCCAGUGUCACACAAAGGGAUGUUUGGAAGAAAAUGCAGCGUAUAGCUCCUUCUACAAUCCAGCAGACUACCCGAUCACUAAAGUGCUGAGGAAACCCAUCUAUGUUGAGGUGAACAUCUUGGAGCGGUCUGACCCGAACCUCAUCCUGAACCUGGAGCACUGCUGGGCCACCUCCAGCCCCAAUGCUCAAAGCCUGCCACAGUGGGAUCUUCUGGUUGAUGGGUGUCCCUACCAUGAUGACCGUUACCUGACCACCGUGGUGCCUGUGGACGGCUUCUCCGGGCUUCAUUACCCGACGCACCACAAGCGUUUUAUCGUUAAGAUGUUCACAUUUGUGGAUCAAAGCAACUUUUCACCUCGGAAAGACACGGUGUUCAUCCAUUGUGCUACGGUAGUGUGUUAUCCCAGCAGCACGCAGUCCUGUGAACAGCCAUGCCACCGGCAACGAAGAGCUGUCGCUGCAGUGAAGAGCGUUUCCUCGAGUCGGAUGGCUCUGGUCUCGAGUGGCGAGCUGAUCCUGGCUGAGCAGAGCACAUCGGCUCCAAAUGCCAAAUCUAAGUGAUGACUGGCCGCCAGAUCUGGCGGUGUCUUUUAAUAAAAGC